CUGCGGCCUUCGCUUGAAUACAUGAACCACAGUUGCAGAUGGUUCCCAAUGCCAAUGCAAAACCUAUCUUACUCAUUUUGCUUCCUUUAUUCUUCUCCCAAAGACGCCGAUUUAAUAUUUCUUUUGUUUUCUUUUGUCUUACUCAGUUAUUCGUGAAAAAGUGAAUAAUAUCUGGUUUACAGUGUGCCUGCUCAUGUGGAUGAUCAAUGUGAUCACCAGUGUCGGAACAAUCAAGAGCAAGAUAUUUCUGUGGUUGUAGGCAACUCCCUUCAACCUCAUUAGCCUACUGUUUUUAUUUUGACUUCUCUUGCUCGCCAGAGCUCAUCUCUUACAAAUAUGACCGAGUACAAACUUGUCGUCGUUGGUGCUGGAGGUGUAGGCAAAAGUGCUUUGACUAUUCAGCUCAUCCAAAACCAUUUUGUUGAUGAAUAUGAUCCUACAAUAGAAGAUUCAUAUCGUAAACAAGUUGUCAUUGAUGGAGAGACCUGCUUAUUGGACAUUCUUGAUACCGCUGGGCAAGAAGAAUACAGUGCCAUGAGAGAUCAGUAUAUGAGAACAGGAGAAGGCUUUUUGCUUGUAUUUGCUGUUAAUAAUGCCAAGUCAUUUGAAGACAUCAGUGCAUACAGGGAACAAAUCAAGAGAGUGAAAGAUGCUGAAGAAGUUCCCAUGGUUUUGGUUGGCAACAAGUGUGACUUACCCACUCGUGCUGUUGAUAUGGCCUCAGCAAGGGAAGCUGCAAAAAAUUAUGGAAUACCUUUUGUUGAGACAUCUGCCAAGACUCGCAUGGGUGUAGAUGAUGCAUUCUACACUUUAGUAAGAGAGAUACGCAAAGAUAAGGAACGCCGAGGCCGAGACAAACAGAAAAAGCCAGGCGGCAAGCUCCGUCCUUUGAAAUGUCAUAUUCUGUAAUCGUCGGUGUGAUUAGGAAAGUACCAUGGUUCAAAAACUUAUUUACACGCAACUUCUAGUUGUGUUUUCUGAUUGUCGAGCUAUACGCCAUAUUCUAUGGUCGAAUGCAAUUGGAUUGGAUGUUUGAAAAUAUUCUACAAGUAAAAUUUUCUACUCGUAGCUAAGCAGAUGGUACUGAACAGGCCUUUUGAUUGAAUGGCUUGGGAGGGGAUGUAUUUUUUUGUUCACAAGGGUAAUGGUAAUUAGACCGCGAAUAUAAGAUGUAUUUGUCAAUUCUUUCAGCGUAGUAUGUGCGUAAGUGUGGCUUGUGUCGUUUUACCUGUUUGUAAUAUUUUGGUACGUUCACAAGUUUUAUCAAUCACGGUUUCUUAAUGAUGUAGCAAUUCUUACUGCCCUAUUUGCCGUGGACUGCAAUUGAAAGCAUAUCACGGACUUGAAUUUGGACGUUUUCAGAAAACUUCAUUUUCGAACAUUAUUUUUAAAUGGUCUUGCGAUAGACAUGUAAUAGCGAAUACACAUUCAUGAUCGUCAAGCUGA